ACUUAACCCAACAACAAAAAAAAAAAAAAAAACCUCCUCUUCCGCCUCCUAAGACUGCGACAUUUCUUUGCUUUUCUCGUUUCUCCACCGCUUUUUCAAACACAUUGUUCAUAAUUUGACCCUUCAGAACUCAAAACAGUGACACUUUCCCAACUUUUCUUUUAUUAUUAGUAAUUUUACUUUUUCUUCCUCAUUUCUCCUCUGAUGCCUUAGCUACCUAAACUUUUUCUACUGUUACCCUUUCUGCUGUUCGUACAUUUCCACUCUCGGUUUGUUUGUCCUUUUUUAUUUGAUUUUUCUCUGGAUCAUCUGAUGUUCUGUUUUAAUCAUUUUUUUCCUUUUUUUUUUGUGUUUUGAUUUUAAUGAUGUUUGCAUGAAGUGGGUUGCUUGUCUUUUGUCUAUGUGAUUUAUAGUUUCGUUGCAAUGACGAUUAUCAGCUUUGUUUGGUUGCUACUGAACUAAUAUUUUAGAUGUAAAUUUCUGUUUUUUAGUUUUACUCUUUUACAUGGACAUUGAUCCAUCUUCCCACCAUCAACCAUGUUUAAUUAAGACAUUUUUUUUUGUAAGAAAAAGGGUUUUAUUUGUCUCUUUUGACUCUUUCCUUAGUUUGAACUUUGAGUAUGAAGUGGUAGGUUGUUAACUUUUUUUUUUUUUUUCCAUUUUUUUCAUUCUAUUUAGUGGUGGAGGUUCUCUUCAGGUUCAUGUACACUAACUGUUUUGGUUUGAAAUUAAACAAAUGGAAUACAUGAACUUGAAGGUGGAGGUAUAUUACUAAAAAUUAUAUAUGGACCCACGUUCUGUUUCCAAUUUGAUUCCUUCUCUUCUCUGCUUUGGUUGUUAACUAAUACAGGUCUCUGAUGCAUGGUUUUCAUACGCUUGAAGGCGUUUUGAGUGAUCAUAUCAAUUAAGAGUGAAACCGGUAUUUCUUCGAAGUUCUAACAAUGGUUCUUGGCCUAAGAACUAAGAACAGAAAGGGCAACUUAUUUCAGGUUGACUACACUGUAUAUGUAAAGGAGAUUAAUCCUUGGACACCGUUGCAGUCUUUGCGAUCGGCUCAAUCUGUUUUGCUUCAAUGGGAAAAUGGUGAUCAGAGUUCUGGGUCCUUAACUUCUAGCAUUGGGAAUGGAAAGAUUGAGUUCAGUGAGUCUUUCAGACUUCCAGUAACCUUAUGUCAGGAAGCAUCCCGUAAGAGCACCAACCGUGAUAGUUUCCAAAAGAAUUGUUUAGAGUUUUACUUGUAUGAGCCUCGGAAAGACAAGGUGGCAAAAGGUCAACUUUUAGGAUCUGCUGUUGUAAACCUUGCAGAUUAUGGGAUUAUCAAGGAAACUAUAACCAUUAGCACUCCUAUUAGCUUGACGAAGAAUUCAAGGAACAUAGAACAUCCAGUUCUUUAUCUUAAUAUCCAGCCAUUUGAUAAAGAGAGCUCCAGCUCAUCAAUGAAAGGCAGCUUGUCCAAAGAAGUGUCACUAGACAAGGAUGGCAGUGAAUCUGUUUCUGAAUCGAUAAAUGAAGGAAAUGAUGAGGAAACCGAGAUUGCUUCUUUUACUGAUGAUGAUGAUAUCUCCUCACAUUCAUCCCAAACUAUUUCUUCUUCUAUUUUUGAUCCUUCUAAAGAGUCACAUAGUCAACAUGACAAGAAGCAAUCAGAAUCAGCGAAUGGUGGGAGAGGAAGGCUUGGGCUCACUCUUUCUUCUGGUGGAACAAGUGCAAACUUAGGGGUAAGUCCAGUUGUUGAAGCAUUCAAGCAAGGAAAUGGGAAUACAUCCCCUUCAUCUUCAAUAGAAUUAUCCUCCAACCCUGAGAAUCCUGUAACUGAUCCCAUGGGUAAAGUUUCAUCCUUGGAGACGUGUGUUACCAUUCCAGUAGAUUUGAACUUAGACCAUGUAAAAGAUAAAGACUCCCAAACCAAAAGAGAGGGUGAUAGAAAAUCAUGGAGGCAUGACCAAAGCCAUGUAGACAGAUCUUUAAGUAGCAUUUCACAUGUUGGUCAUUGGAAGGGGAAUGAGGAAAAGUCAUCAUGGGAAGAUGAACUGGAAAGCCAGAUUUUGGAUCCUGAGGAAUAUUCUCUGCAGGACAGGUUAGGUUUUAGACCACCUCAAGAUUCAACGAGAAGGCAAAUCACUUUGAGGAGUAACACUUUAGCAUCCAGCUUGGCAACAACUGAAGUGAAAGGUGGUUUUGUUGCCAAUGAUAGACAAAAGCAUGUGACAUCUGUUCAGUUGCAUUUUGACAAAGCUAAGAGUAAUGGACCGUCAAAGAAGAUUCAGUUUGUGGAGAAGGCGAAGGAAAAUGACAUUCUGGAGAAGAUUCCUAAUGAUAACACAAGUGAUAUACUUAGUGAAAGGGAAGAAACUGCAAACAACCUUUCUAACAGCAAAGUUGACUCAGAUAAGAGUUAUGGGCUGCUAAAGAAGACUCAGUUCAUGGAGAAGGCAAAGGAAAAUGAUAUUCCUGAAAAGAUUCAUAAUGGUUCUACAAAUGAUACAUGUAAUGAAACUGAAGAAAAUGCAAAUACCUUUUCCAAAGGCAAAGUUGAAUUGGAGUCCAAAAUUGAAAUGCUUGAAGAAGAAUUGAGAGAAGCUGCUGUUGUUGAGGCUAGUCUUUAUUCUGUUAUUGCAGAGCAUGGGAGUUCUACAAACAAGGUUCAUGCUCCGGCUAGACGACUUUCUAGAUUCUAUAUUCAUGCUUGUAGAAGAAGUACCCAAGAUAAGAGGGCAAGUGCAGCGAGGGCUGCUGUUUCAGGAUUGGUUUUGGUCUCUAAAGCAUGUGGAAAUGAUGUUCCAAGGUUAACCUUCUGGUUGUCAAAUUCAAUUGUAUUGAGAGCAAUUGUUAGCCACGCUAUUGGGGAAAUGCAGCUAUUUUCUGGACUGUGCUUAAAUUGUAGUAGUGAUGGAAUGGUGUUGGAGGAUUCCUCUCCUCUGGAUAAAGAGGAAAGCAAUUCAACGGAAAGUUCUGAUGACUGGGUGGACCCUCAGACGUUUUUACUUGCAUUGGAAAAGUUUGAAGCUUGGAUCUUCUCCAGAAUAAUUGAGUCUGUCUGGUGGCAGACUUUGACUCCACAUAUGCAGUCUGCUGCUGCAAAGAGCUCAAGCUCAAGGAAAACCACAACAAGAAAAUAUGGAUUAGGUGAUCAAGAGCAGGGUAAUUUUUCAGUUGAGCUUUGGAAGAAGGCUUUUAAAGAUGCCUGUGAGAGGCUUUGUCCCAUUCGAGCAUGUGGACAUGAGUGUGGCUGCUUAGCUGUGCUGGCUAAAUUGGUCAUGGAGCAAUUGGUGGGUAGAUUAGAUAUUGCAAUGUUCAAUGCUAUUCUUCGUGAAUCAGCUGAAGAAAUGCCAACAGAUCCUGUUUCUGACCCAAUAAGUGAUUCAAAGGUUCUCCCUAUUCCUGCAGGCAAAUCAAGCUUUGGGGCAGGUGUACAACUAAAAAAUGCUAUUGGAAACUGGUCAAGAUGGCUAACGGAUCUAUUUGGUAUUGAUGAUAAUGACGGUCCUGAAGAUAGCAAAGAAGUUGGUGAUGACAAGAAUGCUGGAUCUGAGGCUUCCUUCAAGGCUUUCUGUCUUCUAAAUGCAUUGAGUGAUCUCAUGAUGCUUCCAUCUGAUAUGCUUGUGGAUCGGUCCACGAGGAAAGAGGUAUGCCCCAAGUUCAGCGCACCGCUGAUCGGCAGGGUUCUUAACAAUUUUGUGCCUGACGAGUUCAAUCCUAACCCAGUUUCAGAGGCAGUUUUUGAGGCAUUGGAGGAGGAUCAUUCUGAGGCAGGGGAAGAGUCUAUCACAAACUUUCCAUGUAUGGCUACUCCGACAGUCUAUUCACCACCUCCCGCAGCUUCGCUAGCAGGCAUCAUAGGAGAGGUGGGAAAUCAAGCCUUGCAAAGGAGUAGGUCAUCAGUGCUCAAAAAAUCAUACACUAGUGAUGAUGAGCUUGAUGAAUUGGAUUCACCCAUCAACUCGAUCAUUAUUGAGAACCCCCGGGAUUCUCCCACUUCAAAAGCACCGAACUGGCUGAGAAUGGGAAAGGGAGGCCGGAAAGUUGUUAGAUAUCAGCUAAUCCGAGAGAUAUGGAAAGAUGGUGAAUAGCAAUGUUUCUUUUAACCCCCCAUCCCUUGUGCUUCUCUGAACUCGGCUUUUUCUUUUUUUUUUGUAUAUAUGCAUGUGACUCUAGGUUGGUGUAUUAAGUCGUUGAGUUUUGUUGGAUUUGAGAAAAAAUUGGUCUUUUCCUCUAAUUCAUCGUACAUAUAUUAAAAACAAUAAAUUCCUAUUGUUCAUGGAUGAAUGAGAAAGAUGGUAUGACAUGUUUAUUUUGUUCAAAUCCUA